AUGGAUACUGUAGAGAAAAAGGAGGUUUGUUUUAAGGUUAAAGAUGCAUCUAAUGUAACAAUGGAUGUUGAGUCUUCAAAGCCUAGUUGUGUUGCUACUACUACAUUAUCAAUUCAUGGUACAAGGGAUGUUCAAAAGGUGGUCAAGGAAAUUAGGGAUGAGCAUAAAACUGCUUAUGAUUAUAGAAAAGAGGUU